GCGUCCGUGCUGCCAUACAUAUGCAUAUAUAUCUAUUCAGCACUCGAAUCCUAGCAAGCAAGGUAUCAACCGCCCGUGGCAGGUAGGCAGGUCACCAGCCUCUAUUAGUAUAGACGUGGCAGGUGCGUGGGCAAGUGGAGCGCAUUGCAUGCAAUGGCUUCAGUCAUCUGCGGGGAUGCUGCAUUGCGAACUAACUGUAUCGGGAACAUUUGGCCCAUAAGCCGCACGUACAGCCUUGAGGUGGGUCACACGAGGAUGAAGAGGAAGCAUGACCGGCACGAACCGUUUAUGCGUGGAACAGCCACGACCGCCGAAUAGCGGUAAUUCAGCUUGGAAUCUGUAAUGAGCGACGGAUCCUCCGGGGCACCGUUGUCCCUCUCGCGCACCCUACUCCAUCUUGAAGUUCAUAGUUGUCAUCAAAGGGGAUGGUCUCAGAAUACGUCCCGACUUUCAACAGGCUCUUUCGGGAAGCCACAGCGUUGCGUCAAUUCCUCGAGAAUGAUGACGUUCAUUUGCUUCACCCCAGCGACCUCUCCUCCCAGCGUCUACUUAGGGUGAGCCCAGAGACAAUCGGGCGCCUGGAGUCCCUCGAGCAGGUAUCCAUCGAUCUCGCGAAGGUCCAGGAUUUAUUGCGGGUGUCACAAUCCUGCAUCCGGCUACGCAUUGCGCAGGUCAAGUCUUCCUUAACUCCUGUCAAUCUCAUCCCUGUAGAGAUCAUGCGGCAAAUAUUUAGCAAUUGCAUCACAGCCGUCGAUGAUUCUAAGGCGGUUCGCUCAACUGUGAUGGCCCUCUCACAGGUUUCAACGCGCUGGCGAGAGAUUGCGAUUGGACAUAGCAGUCUCUGGUCAUUGUUGGAUCUUUCUUGGUCGGAUAGCCUCAUUUCAUUAUGGAGAUCGCGCGCGGGCUCCCAGCGUCGGCUGGACGUUGUUAUGCAUUCACUUGACGACCAAAAGAGCAUUACUCCCGCUAACACCACCUCGAAGUGGAGGUCCCUCCAUUACGAGUUCCUUGCUAUGGGCCACGACACUCCUAAAUUAUUCCAUUCCCCAUUAUUUGAUGAUCGGCUGCACGGGUUAGAAAUGCUGAAUCUAGCUCCUAAUGGAGGUGACUGGGGCAUAGGAAGCACCUGUUUCGGGCAUAAACUCCCACAUCUCCAUACAUUACGCCUCAUGGUGAAUCUUACCGUUUCAAGAUUGGACUAUCAGCAGUUGAAGGCGGUUUGCUGGUCGUGCACUCGACUCGAACGGUUGUGUAUAUCGGUGUGGCGCUACAGUCCUUCAUCAAAGGACAAGACGGUCGUUAUGCCGAAGACACUCCGGAACUUGAUUAUUAUGAACACCGAGGCGUACAUUUUGGAUAGACUGUUCGAAGACAUCUCUGCGCCGGAUUUGACGAAGCUGAGCGUCUACUUACCAAAGGUGGAACAUUUCUCGAGGCGGUAUGAUAUAUCUAUUCAGCUCAUGGAAUCAUUUUUCACCCAAGCCCCCAAAAUUGAGCAAUUAUCCGUCCUGAGUGAUUUCCAAUUCACUCAUGAUGUGCUCACGUCCCUUGCCAGGGCGAUAUCACCGUUUGGCUCCGUCGAAGGCAUCUCGCAGGCACCUUUUCUCCUCCCCAAUCUGAAUUCCCUCGAGAUAGGCCUUGAUAUGCAUAUUAGCACACUUAGCCGACCGAGAAGGCUUGGAGCGAGCUCUUAUGAGAUGAUAGGUCGCGAACUGACAGCGCUGCUGAGGGCGAGAUCGGGCGAAGAUCAAUGGCUGAACGGAACCAGGCGGAGGUAUCGGCUCAGUUGCUCGCCACUCGGUAACUCAUCUGGGCAUCUGGAAGCAGCAGGCUGGCUGGGUGAUCGGGUGGUCAGUACGCAAUCGAGGAAUGCUUUGGAUAGUUUAUGUAUUGAGGGCCCUAUUGACGAAAGGGAGAAGGCGUGGUUGAUGGGAAAGGUCCGGACGCUUUUGGUAAGACCGCAGGGGAAUGAAGGGUGGAUGCCGUUCUAGCGUAUCCAUUUAUUGUGAGGGUAUAUGGGUGAAGUCCUGGCGUUGUGUAUAUUUAACUUCGUGAGCCACUCUACUUCAGGAGAGGCCACUUUGUUUCGUGACUUGUACUUCUGCUGUAUAACUGUUGUACAGAUCGCUGUUUUGUCUAUCCAAUUCUCCUC